AUGUUGAGCGGAAAAAAGGGCGAUUUCUGUAUAACUUCCUACAUAGUUUCUAACUUGUCAGAGUUCGGUUUACAAAUGGAACCCAAAUACAAAUUAACCGAGGCCAAUCUGAACCUAAGAUACGACCUGAACUUCAUAGACAAUGUGCUGCAGUGCUAUGACGCUGAUGCCGAACCAGAAGCGCGCCGUUAUCUGUUGGACUUGUCUUACACCUUGGCACGCAAUCAACUCGUCGAGGCGCGCCGCUUUGCCAAUCUGAGCAAUAAGACCUAUAUAGACGUGAAGGACUUGCGCAUUGCCAAAAUGGAGAAAACAGACGACUUUCAGUUUGGUCCACUGCUGCUGGGCAAGCCCAUUGUGCAGCCGCUCUCGGCACCCUCGGCCACGACCAGCCUGCUGCUGCCGCCCUGGCGCAACUGCCAGGUGGGCGCCAAUGCGGAGCUCAAGCAGGUCCUGGCCGAAACGGAGGCCAAUAAGCUAAUGGACAGCGGCGCACCGCCCAGCAAAAUACCUCGUUUGCGGGCGCCCAAUCAGCCAAAGAUGCUUUGAAACUCUUUCGCGUAAAUAAAACAACGAUUUCUCUAAAAACUUAU